AAUGCUCACUCAUAGGUUAAAGUUCAUCUUUGUUAAAGCUAUUUCAACUGGUAAUGGCUACUCCGAGUGCAGCUCCCAACAGAAAGCAACUAACAGAUGAUCUUGCCAACCAUGAAGCGCAGUUGGACCAGGUAGAGGCCGCCCUCACCAAUGACCCUGAUAAUGAGGAGCUCCUCAAGCUCAAGAAUGACCUCCUGGAUGUCAAGAAGCUGACAUUAGAUCUGCUCGAGUUGGCCCCUGCACCAAAGCCGCCACAAGACCAUCAUCCAUCAUCAUCUGUCUACCAAUGGAAACAGGGAGAUCGUGUUAAAGCAGCCUGGCCAGAUAAUGGAAAGUACUAUGGUGCUCUGGUGGAGGUGUUGUCUGGAGAUGGGGCGACAGCUAGUGUACGCUUUGAUGGUUAUGGUACCACCAUAUUUGUCAGACUCAGUGAACUUCGACCUCUCACCUGGAAAGAGGAACCAGCUGACAAACAGACUAAGAAAGUUGUCAAGCCAAAUGCAAAAGAAAAGAGGGCAGAGAUACGAGAGUACAAGAAAAAGAAGGCAGCAAAGAAAAAGGAGAAAAUGAACGAAGUGGAGGAGUUUAGAGAGCAUGAGAAAGGACGUUGGAAGUCAUUUAGUCAAAAGUCUUCAAAGUCCCGGAGUGGUCCAUUAAAUGCCAAACAGAGGAAGAGCAUCUUUGCAGUCCCUGAUUCUCUGGAGGGGAAGGUGGGGGUGGGUACAUGCAAUGUGGGGGGUAAGGGAAUGACUGACUUCUCCAGCAGAACAAAGAACUCAUCACUCAAACAAGAUCAAUCAUAGUGUCACUAUCUGUAAUACACUGCACUUGUCAUAAUAAUGUGUUGUUGAAUCUUCCUCUGUUAUAUUAUACUCUGUGGUUGAAUUGACAAUAAUUUCAUCAAACAAAA